CUCAUAUUGAUUCAGUAUUGAAAAAUCUGCAGUAGUAAAAAAAUGAUUUUAACCGCGAUACUAACCCUCUUUCUAAUAAAAGAUGGAAUUGCCUAUAAAGAUUGUGAUGGACAUGACAGAUUUCCUGAUUAUUACUGGAGAGAAUACAAAGGCAUGCUCCCAGUAGAUGCUCUACCUGGAGGUUACGAUACUAAAGGCCAAACUACAUAUAUAGGCCAAAUGCAUGACCCCAAAUAUGGAUUACUUCCUGCCGUUGUCUAUGCGGAUACCAAGACCCUGUCAACUAUGGCAGAUGGUCAAACCCGCAGCCUAAAUAAGAAUGCAAAGAUUCUUUGCACUGGUGUUCCAUCCAUGUUUAAAUGGAUACCUACAGACGUUUCUGCAAUUCACCAAUUAGCUGGCUAUCAUCUUGUCGUUGCGGGUACCGAAUUAGACCAAAUGUUAUACGUAGGAAGAACAAAAUUGGACGAUGGAGAACUGCGAGUUGGUAAAGUUUUUGAAUAUCACGACGCCUGGAAAGGCCUAAAUUUGGUAGUCGAUGGAAAGGGGACUAUAAAAACUAAAUUUGAAAUAUUAGUGUAUGAUUUUCAAGACUGUGCUAAUUUAUAAGCUAUAAUGAAAAAAAUAGAAAGAAUUUUACUAUGGCACGUU